GUCCACUUUUGGCCUGACUUUGCUAGUCAGUGGCACUCGGCAACAAGAUGAAGUUGCAAGCGGUUAUUUGCGUGUCUCUGCUUUUAUUUAUUGGGACUUUGGCUCAACAAGUCACUACUCCAGAUGGGCCAGUCCGAGGAGUGGCUGAACAGACUCUAAGUGGAAAGACUUACUACGCCUAUUACACUAUUCCCUAUGCCAAACCUCCUACAGGAUCAAGGCGAUUUUUGGCUCCGGAAGCUCCAGAUCCUUGGACCGAAGUGCAUGAUGGAAGUAGCGAGAACCCCAACAUCUGUUAUCAGUUAUAUAACGAUUAUGAUGUAGAAAAUGAAGAUUGUCUUCACCUGAACGUCUACACCCCUCAAAAUCCUUCAGAGGAAAGUCGCAAUUUGCCCGUUCUGGUGAACAUUCAUGGAGGUGGUUUUAUCACCGGCAACGGACUGGCCUCCUCUCCAACUGGAGGCAUGUCUCCCAAGUUCUUGGUGGAAGAGGAUGUAAUCUUCGUGUCCUUCAACUACCGACUGGGAGUUUUUGGUUUCUUGUCAACUGGAGACGAAGUGAUUCCUGGAAACGCCGGCUUAGCCGAUCAAAUCCAAGCCCUCAAAUGGCUGAAAAAGAACAUAGCGGCCUUUGGAGGAAAUCCGGAUAAAAUCACCAUUGUUGGACAAUCGGCUGGAGCUGCCUCUGUUGGAUAUUUAAUUCUCAGCCCAGCUGCAAGCGGGUUAUUUGCGGGGGCAAUUUUGGAAUCGGGAACUCCACUGGAUCCAUGGUCUUACCAAAGAAACCAAACCGAAAUCAGCUUCAAAACUGCCAGCUUUGUUGAUUCGGAAUUCGAUUAUUCUAGAGACUCGCAGAGAUUGCUAGAAGUUUUGCAAAGUGCUGAUGCCCGGACGGUUGAUGCUGCUGCCACCUCUUUUGCAAACUGGGACGCUGGUCAGCCCUAUGCUGUUCACAGACUUCAAAUGCAACAGGGAUUCUAUUAUACGCCAAUAAUCGAGAGUUCGGUUAUUCCAGAGUACCAAUACGAAGCACUUGCAGAUGGAAAUAUUAACAAAGUACCUGUACUAAUGGGAAUCUGUUCCGAAGAAGGUCUUACCAACUUGGAUCAAUACUUGGACAACACUCUGCAAGCUUAUGACGAUACUCCAGGAUUCUUAAAUCCCCAGGAUCUUCAUAUUAAUAACGAACCCACCUGGGCUGAAGUUGGAAAUUUGAUCAAAGAGGAAUAUUCCCCGUCGAGCACUUUUGUGAAUAAUAAACUGGGCGCAAUUCAGUACUUUACCGAACAUGACUUUGCAAAAGGAUCAAUCAAGCACGCAGAACUGCAAGCAGACCAAAGCGAUGUCUAUUUCUAUGAGUUUGCCUAUUCUGGACAGCUGGCUGGAAAUACUGAACAUACUUAUCCAGGCUCAGGAAAUGUGUCCCACGUCGAAGAAUGGAUCUAUCUUUACUGGGGCUGGCCGGUUAGCGGCUAUCCAGAAAACGACCAAUUGGUGCAUAAUAGGCUUGUGAGAAUUUGGACCAACUUUGCCAAAUAUCAGAAUCCCACUCCAUCGGCUGAAGAACUGCUUCAAGAAAUCACCUGGCCAAAAGUGACAUCCGGAAACUUCCAAUAUGUGGAAAUUGGAAACUUUGCCGACCCUAAUUUGACUAUUCAACAGGGUAAACCCAAGUCCAAUAGGAUGGAGUUUUGGGACCGAAUCUACGAGUCAUACGGAAACCGACCAUUUGAUACUUAUAUUUUGAUGAAUAUUACAAGUGGAGCCACAACUUAUGGGGACACUUGUGGCUCCGACCUCAGCAGCAUGGAGUUAAAACUUGCAAUAUUUUUAUGUACUCUGUUCCUUAUUGAGGCGUUGUCUCAACAAGUAACUACUCCGGAUGGACCAAUUAAAGGAACCACUGAGCAAACUCUCACUGGCAACACUUAUUACGCCUACUACAGCAUUCCCUACGCAAAGCCUCCAAUUGGUUCCAGGCGAUUUUUGGCCCCAGAAGCCCCAGAUCCAUGGACAGACGUCCAUGAUGGAAGUACGGAAAACCCCAACAUGUGUUUCCAAAUGUUUAUCGACUAUGACGAUGAAAACGAAGAUUGUCUCCACUUGAAUGUUUACACUCGACAAGACCCCACACAAGAAAGCCGAAAUUUGCCGGUGUUGGUUUACAUUUAUGGAGGUGGAUUUAUUGAAGGCAACGCGUUGGAGGUCUCCCCAGUUGGAGAACUGCGCCCCAAGUUCUUGAUAGAAGAAGAAAUCGUUUUCGUCGCCUUCAACUACCGACUGGGACCUUUUGGUUUUAUGUCCACUGGAGAUAAAGUGAUUCCCGGAAAUGCCGGCUUAGCUGAUCAAAUCCAAGCUCUGAAAUGGGUGAACCGAAAUAUUGCGGCUUUUGGCGGAGACCCAGAUAGAAUUACCAUUGUCGGUCAAUCAGCUGGAGCAGCCUCUGUGGGCUAUUUAAUUCUUAGCCCUGCUGCUAAAGGCCUCUUUUCCGGAGCGAUUUUGGAAUCAGGAACUCCUCUGGAUCCAUGGGCUUAUCAGAGAAACCAAACCAAGAACACGUUUAAAACGGCCAGCUUCAUUGAUUCUGAAUUUGAAACAUCCACCGAUUCCCAGAGACUAUUGGAAGUGUUGCAAAAUGUUGAUGCCAGACAAAUUGACGCAGCUGGAACAAGCUUUGCAGACUGGGUGGGUAGCCAGCCAGAUGCUGUCCACAGGCUUCAAAUGCAACAAGGUUUCUACUUUGCACCGGUGAUUGAAAGUUCAGUGGUUCCCGAAUACCAGUACGAGGCCCUUUUGAACGGAAACUUUAAUAACGUGCCAAUUCUAAUUGGAACUUGCUCGGAGGAAGGCCUUACUAAUUUGGAUGGAAAUCUGGAUGACACCCUAGAAGGAUACGACCGAACUUUGGGCUUUUUGAAUCCUCAAGACCUUCACAUUCAAGACGAGCCAACUUGGGUGGAAGUCGGGAAUAUACUGAAGGAAGAAUAUUCUCCAUCUAGUAGUUUUUUAAAUAAUAGACUGGGGGGGAUCCAGUACUUUACUGAACAUGACUUUGUCAAAGGGGCUGUAAAACAUGCAGAACUUCAAUCGGCUAUGAGUGAUGUUUAUUUUUAUGAAUUUGCCUAUUCUGGGGAACUGGCGGGAAAUACUCAACACACCCUUCCAGGUUCAGGCAAUGUUUCUCACGUGGAGGAAUGGCUAUAUCUCUACUGGGGUUGGCCAGUCGAGAGUUUCCCAGAAGGAGAUCAAUUGAUUCAUCAUAGAUUGAUUAGAAUAUGGACAAACUUCAUCAAAUACCGAAAUCCGACUCCGUCUGCGGACGAACUUCUCCAAGAAAUCACGUGGCCUAAAGUGACGGCUGGAAACUUUCAAUAUGUUAAAAUAGGAAACUUUGCAGACACCGACUUAACUAUCGUGCAAGGCAAACCGAAAGCUGACAGAAUGGCCUUCUGGGACACCGUCUAUGAGAAAUAUGGAAAUCGGCCAUUCGAUACUUAUUGAGUGGGAAUUGCUUGUUAUUUUGUCGUAGAAAUAAAUGAUUGGGGAAGUACCGA